AUGAUACUUACUUUGGCUACUUUGUAUAUUAUGAAUUUUUUCUUUGCCACAAUUGAAUCAAAUGUAAGUAUUGGGCUGCUAAGGAAGACUGGACGGAAACCGAAACCUAGUGGAUAUGGCAAUCGACCACGUGGAGUUCCAUUUGCACGUGGACCGUUCUAUGCAACCGGCGAAACUUUUGCAUGUGUAGACAACUCCAGAUCAAUUCCAUUUUCGCAAGUUAAUGAUGAUUAUUGCGAUUGUCCUGAUGGAAGCGAUGAACCAGGAACGUCUGCUUGUCCUAAUGCCAAGUUCCAUUGUCUGAAUCGCGGUUUUAAGGCUGAAGAUUUACCGUCAAAUAGAGUGAAUGACCAAAUAUGUGAUUGUUGUGAUGGAAGUGAUGAAUGGGAUAGUGCAGUUGAGUGUCCUGAUAUCUGUAAUGAACUGGGGGCGAAAUAUCGAGAAGAGAUACGCCAAAAAACUGAGUUAGCGAAGCAAGGUUUUGUAAAACGGACGGAAUUGGUUGCAGCAGGUCAGCAGUUGAAAAGUGAGAAAUUAGAAAAGUUGAAGUCUUUGAAGAAGGAGAUGGAUGAAAUAACAAAGCUGAGAAUCGAUGCCAGAACAAAAAUGGAUGAAAAGGCCAGUCUGGCUGCAGAAGCAAAGAAAAGGCAUGAAACGACCUGGGAAGAAGAAAAGCAGAGACUUAAGCGAGAUUACGUGUUAAUACUGUUUACAUCAUUCGACUCAAAUAAAGAUGGAAAAGUUACUUUGGAUGAACUGAAAAUGGCGAAGGAGUUUGAUACAAACGGGGAUGGAGUUGUUUCUGACAACGAAAUCAAGCAUGUUUUGCCUGAUGGAAUGGACGAUUGUAAUUUUGAAGUUUUUCUUGAAAAUGUUUACGACAACAUACGCAGUCUUUUCGAAAAAACAAGCGAAAUCGAGACAGAAAUGGAUGAAAAUGAACAUCAAUCCACUUUACCCAUAGCAGUGGAAUCUAACUCCGAACUACCAGAUAUUGGUGGAGUCAGUUCAUCACUAAAUGAAAGUGGAAGUAUUGGCGUGGGUUUUCCUCGAAUUCCAAAUAUCGAUUUGAAGCAACCGCCAUUUGAUGAGGAAACGCAUGCAAUAGUGAAAGAGGCAGAGAAUACAAGAAAGGAAUAUGAUGAUGUUAAUAAACGUUACAUAGAUCUCGAGUUGUUGAUGAAAGAUUGUGAACAAUAUGAUAGUGAUGAUUUUGGAACAGAUAUGGCUUGGGCGUCGUUGAAAGGAAAAUGUUUUGAAAUGGAAGAAAACGAAUAUACUUAUAAACUAUGCUUGUUUGAUAAAGCUGUGCAAAAGAGUAAAAAUAGCGCUAUCGACACUGAUUUAGGCAAAUGGAGUGGUUGGAUUGGUACUGAACCAAAUAAAUAUACAUUACAAAGUUACCAGAAAGGUACACCGUGUUGGAAUGGACCAGAUCGAUCAACAAAAGUAAUCACUGAGUGCGGAGAGGAGACAAAGUUAGUGGAAGCAUCAGAGCCAAGCAAAUGCGAAUAUAUUUUUACUUUGCGUUCCCCUGCUGCAUGCCCAGAUCCUGCCACUAUCGUUGAUGAACAUGAAGAACUUUAA